AGCCUGCACCCUGUCUCACACCCUCUGGCUGUUGCCAUGACGUCCGCCUGCACCAACAGCACGCGCGAGAGUAACAGCAGCCACACGUGCAUGCCCCUCUCCAAAAUGCCCAUCAGCCUGGCUCACGGCAUCAUCCGGUCAGUCGUGCUGCUUAUCUUCCUCGUCGCCUCUUUCGUCGGCAACAUAGUGCUGGCAGUAGUGCUGCAGCGCAAGCCGCAGCUGCUGCAGGUCACCAACCGUUUUAUCUUUAACCUCCUCGUCACCGACCUACUGCAGGUUUUGCUCGUGGCCCCCUGGGUGGUGGCCACCUCUGUGCCUCUCUUCUGGCCCCUCAACAGCCACUUCUGCACGGCCCUGGUUAGCCUCACCCACCUGUUCGCCUUCGCUAGUGUCAACACCAUUGUCGUGGUGUCAAUAGAUCGCUACCUGUCCAUCAUCCACCCUCUCUCCUACCCAUCCAAGAUGACCCAGCGCCGUGGUUACAGGCUCCUCUACGGCACCUGGAUUGUGGCCAUUCUGCAGAGCACCCCUCCACUCUACGGCUGGGGCCAGGCUGCCUUUGAUGAGCGCAAUGCCCUCUGCUCCAUGAUCUGGGGAUCCAGCCCCAGCUACGCUAUUCUCAGCGUGGUGUUCUUCAUGGUCAUUCCACUGAUUGUCAUGAUUGCCUGCUACUCAGUAGUGUUCGGUGCAGCACGGAGGCAGCAUGCUCUGCUGUACAAUGCCAAGAGCCACAACUUGGAGGUGCGAGCCAAGGACUGUGUAGAGAAUGGGGAUGAAGAGGGAGCAAAGAAGAAGAAGAAGUUCCGGGGUAAAACUGAGUUUCACCUCCAGGAUGAAGGUGAGGUCAAGGCCAAGGAGGGCAGCAUGGAAGCCAAGGACAGCAGCCUGAAGGCCAAGGAAGGAAGCACGGUGACCAGUGAGGGCAGUGUGAGGGCCAGGGGCAGCAAGGAGGUCAGAGAGAGCAGCAUGGUGGCCAGCAACAGCAGCCUAGAGGGUAAGGAAAGCGGCACCAAAGUUGAGGGGAAAAGCAUGAAGGCAGACAAGGGUCGCACAGAGGUCAACCAGUGCAGCAUUGACUUGGGUGAAGAUGACAUGGAGUUUGGUGAAGACUACAUCAAUUUCAGUGAGGAUGAUGUCGAGGCAGUGCACCUCCCCGAGAGCCUCCCACCCAGUCGUCGUAACAGCAACAGUGACCCUCCUCUGCCCAGAUGCUACCAGUGCAAAGCUGCUAAAGUGAUCUUCAUCAUCAUUUUCUCCUACGUGAUAUCCCUGGGGCCCUACUGCCUUUUAGCAGUCCUGGCCCUGUGGGUGGAUGUCGAAACCAAGGUACCCCAGUGGGUGAUCACCAUAAUAAUCUGGCUUUUCUUCCUGCAGUGCUGCAUUCACCCCUACAUCUAUGGCUACAUGCACAAGACCAUUAAGAAGGAAUUCAAGGAUGUGCUGAGCAAGUUAUUCUGCAAGAAAAAGCCCCCAAAAGAAGAUAGCCGCCCAGACCUGCCUGGAACCGAAGCUGGGACUGAAGGCAAGUUUGUCUCUUCCCACGAUUCUGCUACUUCUCCUUGA